AUGGCUCUAAUUCGCCUGUUAAAAAUGUUGCUCGAAAUUAUUACUAAAAAGAAAUGUAAUGAGGUAUAUUUAAUUGCGGAAAUUGGCCAAAAUCAUCAGGGAUGUCUUGAAACUGCUAAAGCGAUGAUACUAGAAGCAAAAAAAGCGGGAUGCAAUUGUGUAAAAUUUCAAAAAUCAGAUUUGAAAUCGAAGUUCACCCGUUCCGCCCUUAAUCGAGCAUAUGAAAGCAAAAACUCUUGGGGUAAAACCUACGGAGAACAUAAGCAAUUUCUUGAAUUUUCCAAGGAGCAGUAUCAGCAGCUGCAAGCAUAUAGUAAUGAAAUUAAAAUUGAUUUCACUGCAUCUGCUAUGGAUGAGCCGUCUUUGGAUUUCCUCGUUGAUUUGAAGGUACCCUUUAUUAAGAUUGGUUCGGGAGAUGCGAACAAUUUUCCACUCCUGACAAAAGCUGCAAGUCUCAACAUACCUUUAGUAAUAUCGACCGGAAUGCAAACCAUGCAAACUGUUGAUAAGAUCGUAGAAAUUAUGAAGCAAGCGGGCAACAAUCGGUACGCGUUGAUGCACUGCGUCUCUGCCUAUCCGACUCCACCGAAUGACUGCAAUUUACAAAUGAUCGCAACACUAAUGCGACGUUAUCCCAAUGUUGCCAUUGGAUACUCUGGGCAUGAGCUGGGUGUACGCAUCACGGAGGCAGCUAUAUUGACUGGAGCUAGGAUAGUUGAGCGACACUUUACACUGGACAAGAACCAGAAAGGCUCAGAUCACCGCUGCUCUCUUGAUCCCAGCGAAAUGUGGUCGCUGGUCCGCUUCAUAAAUGAAUUUAAGCAUAACGCAUAUAUUUCCACCCCUGGCCUCAGUGCUGAUCAAGUGGUUACAAUCUUGGGUGGGGGAAAGCAGUUGGAGCAAGCACUACAAGAAGGUAAGGGAAAGGAGAAGGUUAUUUUAGAGAGCGAACUGCCUUGUCGCCUCAAAUUGGGUAAAUCAAUUGUGGCUGCACGAAGUCUGGACGUUAGGCAAACAAUUCAAGCGGCCGAUUUAGCAAUUAAAGUCAGCGAGCCGUCGGGUAUUUCUGCAGAAAAAUAUUUUGAUAUAAUUGGCAUGAGGCUAAAGGACAGUGUCAAUGAAGAUGAGCCCAUAACUGAGAAUAUGCUGAUACCAUAA